AAAGUCUUAUCCUUCUUCCUUCCCACGCUUCUUUAUUUAUUCCUUUUCCUCCCACUUUUUUCAUGCCUUGUUCGUAAAGAUCUGAGACUUUAUAUACAAACUUAUGACAAUGGAUCAGGGCCUGAAAAAUUAGUUGCAGCAGAUGUAAAUGUAAAGAUCAGUCAUUGUUUUGAUUUGGAGGAUUCUUUAGUAGUGGGUGUAGUAAUUGUUGAUUCUUUUGGGCUAAAAGUUACAGGAUUGAGGGAAACUCAUCAGAAUUUGAACACCUUUACAUCUCUUAUAGUGUUAGUGCUCUACACUCAGAAAAAUUGAUCAUUUUUAGACUGUUUUACACCUCAUAUCUUAAUAGCAAUAUGUCUACGGAUCGAAUCUCGGUAGUGCAAUUGCCCAAGAAGAGAAAGAUGGCCCAGGCACAAGAAGAUGUGGGUUUUCCUCCUGCUUUGAAGCCCAUUGUCACUGAACGUCCUGCUUGCAAGCCCAAAUUGUUGUUACUCGGUAGACAGGAUUCAACAGAGAGUUGCAGAGAUGAUAGUGAGGGUGAGUCUGACAUAAGUUAUGUUGAAAAUUGUGAUGGAAUUCUGGAAGGCAGUGAAGAAUACAUGACACCCAAGUCUGUGGAGCAUCAAAUACCUGAAAUUUUGCCAUGCCCACCUGCUCCAAGGAAGCCCAGAGCAACAGCAAGUAUAAAGCCUUUGGAUUUUUUCCAUGUCAGUCCUUGUGAGCUCAAUUUGCUCUUCAAUCUCUCUUGGCCAAAAAGGUUUUCAGGUCAGGGGAAAGGGUUACAGAGCCUUUGAGAUUUUUUUUUUGAUUUGUUAAAAUCUGGCUCGAGUUGAGAAGAUCUAUUUUUACAGGGGAUCAUCAUUUCUCACAUUUCAAUUGUUCAAGCCUACAAGUUCAGCUGGAGUUUUGAAUUUUACUGACCGUCUCACCAACAAAAUGUUUCUACCACGACACUGAAUGUCAGAAGACAGUAUUUAUGUAAUUAUGUAUUACAAGCAGCCAGUGGCUUUUUGUUUCUUUCGUUUUCCUGCAAAACCAUGCCACAAGUGUAUAUAUUAUGGCAGAUGUACAAUUCAACAAACAUGGUAGUUGAGUAGAAGAGUCCGUGAAUUUCAGACAUUGUCUUUUCCACAUAUAUGCUUAAGAGAGAUUUGGUCAUCCGGUAAACUUGAUGAUCUUGUGCUCAAUUCAGGUCAUAACAUAGAUCUGCUUUGAGAGACUCUAGUGGAAGAGAAUUAUAAAUUAGUUCCAGGUAGUCUGAAGUUCUUUGGAGAAUAGAAUUGUAAUAUCAUUUUUAGAAGUUAUAGUAGUAGUAUCAGGAUGUAUGAUCUUGUGGGAAGUUUCGAUGUUUCAUUCAUGUAAGAAUUGUUAAAUGGAUCAUUCAUUCUCAUAAGAGAUGGGUUCGUAAAAUUCUUCUCAUGAAAUACAGAUCAAUGAAAUUGACUAAAAAAUUAUUCAGUUGAA